AUGGUAACAAAACAAGUCUAAAUAUAUAAUAGGGAGUAGAUGCUUACAAAAAGACUAGAGUGUAAAGGAAAGUAGGAAGAAAAGUGACUUCUACAAACCUUUAUUUGAAAUUAUUAAUAAAGGUAAAGCAUUAGAUUGAUCGCCUAGUUAUACAAAUUCUUAGCAAGAAGAACAGACUCUCAAUUCAAUGUUACUAUUUUGAGAAGACUCUAAUCAACAAGAACUGCAAAGUACCCAAAUAGUCUCAGCAGACUUGUAAAUACAGCCUGA